AUGUCCGACCUCCCACUGAGAGGUCAGGGCACGAGACCCCCUGGGAUUCAUCGCAGGGGCUCAGGCUCCGCUCCACCAGCUCAUCCACCAACAUUGGUCGCUGGCUCAUCAUCCUUGGGCGGUGGUGCCUUGCCAAUAUCGCCAGACCCUACCUCAACUAGGGCCACAUACUCGACCAUCGUGCCAGCUCCAUCCCACCACACAUCGCCUCAUUGCAGGUCCCGUUCCACCAUGGGUUCCGCCCAUUCGUCUGCAGAUGAGUCUGACUCAGGGACAGCCCACCCCCAGGAGAUGGAGGUCGAGGGCGCUCAGGAAGGCGAAGAGGUCUCAAGGGACCCCUCCGUUGACCAACUUCUAGGGGAUCUUGAGGUAUUGACCACCUCCAUUGCGAAAGCCACGGAUUGGAUUCUGAGGGCUGCGCAUCAUGAUCCGCUCUCCAUCGAUGGGGGUGAUGCCUUCGUGGCUCAGAUGACGUCCUUUGUGAACGCUGUCAUGGCCACCAACUUUAGUCGCAUUCGUGGACCAGGUGAACUCGACAACUUCUCACUCGCCUCCCUUCUCGAGGCUGAGAUAUCCUCCAAGGAUGAGCCAACCAUACACCUGGCUCCCGUUUUCCAACCUCCUCCCCCUGCUGCCUGUGGGCCGCUUGAUGAGGGUGCCAGCAUUGGAGUUUCUUCUGAUGUCCUCAUGCAGGCAUUGGAUGACCUAGGUCACCUGGCCUCCCCUCCUCGCAUCCCCGCUUCCAAGAAGCGCAAGGGUGUCGAUCGUCCGGUGCCACCUGCUCCUCAGAAGAAGAGUAAGGUCGCCUACUCCUGCCCUGGUCCACCUCCACCGAUCAAUCGCACUACCAAACCCAAGCCCCAUCCAACGACGUGGGCAGGGAUUGCUCAUCAGGCCGCGCCGAUGCCUCCCCCGCCUCCUGGCUUGGGACCACAACGUUGCAGGCCUUCUCCUCCACCCGCAUUCUUGACAGGGCCAAUGAAGACUUCUCCUCAUCAAUCCGUCCCUUCUUUUACUUCCAAGGGCCCCACCCAGAAGCAAGUUCUUGUGUCAUUUGGGGGUAUCCCUCCUGACCUCACGAAGUUCUUCACCGAGUCGGCCGUCCGUGCGGCCAACAGGUACCUCAGGGAUGGUCAAUCUAUGUUGAAGGUCACCUCCAUCGUCCGUGCCUACGAUGGUUUGUCAUUGGUCACCUCCGCUGUUGCCAGCCCAUCCGACCUGGACAUACUGCGCAACUUCAUCCAUGAGAGCCUCCCAACAGGUACCCCGUUUGAGGUUGCACUCCCAUUGUUGACGUCUUUUAUAAAGAUCCUCGACCCAGGAGGCGCUUGA